UGUAGAGCGCGCUUUGCGCACUCGUGCUCAGUUGGCGUCGAGAUGCGCAGCGCUUUGUGUCGCGCUUGUAUUUUUUCCUCGCGAAUCGAUCGUGAUCCAUUAGUGUUUUGUUUGCGAUCGGGAUCGAUGCAGUGAUGUGAUCUAGUUCAAAGGUUCCAGUAGCGCGCGAAUUAUUGAAACGGCAGCUUUGGGUUGUCGAGGGAGAGGAUUAGAAACCAAAAGAUCCGUGGCUGAAAUGAUGAGCAAAGGUCGUCGAGUGAACAAUCCGCGAUAUAAAACGACUAUCUGUGAGUUUUGUUAACAGUGAUGUGAUCAAACCUCAUCAAAAGAUGUGCUUCAAGAUGCAAGAUGUUGGAAAUUCCAUCGAUAUAAAACUCAUGUUUCAAAGUAUAAACGUAUACAUAGAAACACAAUGUUCUUCGAGACAUGAAUUCAAUUAAAUUUAAAAGUAAUAUGAUAGAGCAUAAAUUGAAAGAUGAUAUUACUUACCAUCUGUAAGAUAGAUUUGAGAUAUUAAAAGAAAGCACCGUACAGUGUUUUUUCAAAAUUAGAAAACUAGACCUUAUGUUCUUUAGAAAUUAGAAAGAAGAGUAUCUAUAAUCUUUUUAAUUCUACAUCUUCUUCAGUUUCUUCAAGAUGUGCGUAUCUCUUAAAAUAUUUAUCAUGUGAACCUUUGCCGGUUUCACAUGUCAAGGAGAAAAAGUUUGUAACAGCUCGUUGAAGAUGGACGUAAACGUGUGUUCACGCCGCGUUCACGAUGGCUAUGCGACCAUAAGAGCGCGCGGCAGACCGCGUGCCGUCUAUCGUUCCGACUCUGAGGAACUGUUAAAGGAGGCAGGUGGCCCGUACGCUUUGCCGCACCUCUCCAACUUCCGGGUGGUCUCGGAAGACUCGCGACAGGUGCCCAGAUGGGCCGACCUUGGCCACGAUCAGCCAUUGAUCGAGAAUUAUGGCACCCUGCGUGCCAUCAGGUCGCGGGAUUUCGAGGAGCCGCGCAAAACACUGAAGACGUUCUCCCGACGUGACAAACUCGGCAGCAACUCGAAAAACAUUGUCGUGCCAGCCCAUGGCAAUCUUCACCGUUUAAGAGAAAGUAAUGAUAUUCUGAAGAAUUCUGAGGUGCAAAAGGGGGCUUAUCAAGCUAGCUCCAAUUUCUGCUGCCAUUAUGAAAGGAAACCUGAAGACUGUGCUCAUUACGACUGUAAUCAGCGAGUUUAUGAUACAGUACCAGUGGAGGACCUCCCGACAAACCUGAAACCCUUCUGCGUCGUCGGUACGACUUCUCAGGAGAACAAUUUCAUUAAUAGCAAUAACAAUCGACGAGAUGUGUUUAGGAAACCCAAGGAGGCUGUCGAGAAUCUCAAUAAUCGCUCUAUAAAAGAUUCGAAAAGCAAAUGUAUUUUGAAAACUAGAGACGAUUCUUACGUUGAAAUGGAGAAUGAUAAACGAAAGAACGCUCGAGACCUGGAAAAUGCCAAAAAUGAUCUUCUCAAGAACUCAAAGAGCACUUCCGUUUUCAAGAAUGAUCUGGAGAAUUCUAAACGGAGAUUUUCCAAAGGCCAACAACCCAUUUAUGCAGUUCCCCAAGUGAUCUCCAAGCCUAGACGCGAACGUCGAUUGGUUAUAGUUGACGGAAACUAUGUUCCCAGCGGCGAUCUUUACCGCACUACAGCCAAAUACAUUGAAGACAUCAACCGCAACCUUGCAGAAAUCGACAAAAGUUAUGAAGUGAUGCAGACGAGUCCCAGAACUUACGGAGUGAUUAACAGAAUCGCUAAAGGGGAAUUGCUGUCGCAAGAUCAAUCCGGAAAUCUUUUUGGCUACGUAAGGCAGAGAAACAUGGCACCCAUGCCGCCUAUUAGCGCCGAUAUAGAUGAAGUUAUUGAAGAAAAAAAUGAAAAAGAACCCAAGAAGGAUAUCAAGUAUCUUCGAAGACCUAAUUCCAAGGGUAGACUUCCGCCCAAAGUCCUCCCGAGAUCCUCAUCCAUAGAAAAUACAUCCAGACAUUCAACGGGAUCCACCACAGCCUCAUCGAGCAAAUCUACUGAAUCCUUGUACGCCAUCAGUGAGUCCUUAACAGAACUACCGAAGAUUUGCGAUGCUCAAAAACGAGAUUCGGCUUGGAACAAAAUUUCUCAAGAGCUGAUCUUGAAAAAAAGUACCUCGCAGGAUCAAUCAAAAUCUAACAUCGAUAAGGAUAUUCCGAAGAGAAGCAAAUCUGCAGGUUUAGAGGUUAAAGACUCGUCGUCCUCCACAGACGACGAAGUUUCGAUUCAGAAGAAGGAUCAAUCGCCGGUCACCAGUACGAUUCGCAGGAAUCGCUCUCGAGUCGACCAGGAAAAAUCAUUACUGAGAAAAGAACGCGCUCCUAACGAGGUCUUGGAGAGGAUUUCAGGCAAACUAGAGAGGGUACGAUCUAUGGAGAAUCGCUUGAAAGACCGUCGUUAUGAUACGCUACCCUCGAGAAGACCCAAAAUAUCUUCGAAGCCGCUUCACAAAUCCAGCGAGGAACUUCUCGAUGAAAAAUUCUCGCGUAACGAUUCUGAUCUACAGAACUCGUGCACAAAUGGCAGUCGGAAACAAAACGCCGAUGAAAACCUCGCGGAAGUUCAGCAAGGUCCUUUUUCUAUCAUGGACGCCACUGAGGUGAUUCUUAAAGGACAAUUGGAGCGAUCCAAUCGCUUACAACGGCAGGAUCUCUUUCCCAGUACUAGACAUAAUUCUUUGGAAUCUAAGGAAGCAGACGGCAAGUUUCAAGCUAGCGCUUUCGCUACUCUACCGAGAAGGGGAAAUCUCGCCAAGGAUCAACCCGAUUCUGUUAGGAGAUUCUCUGGGAACGGACCCGUCUUGGAGCCAUUAUAUGAACAUGCGGUUAGUGAUCCUGUGAAACCACGAGGAACUCAGGCUGUGAUACCCUGGUGGGAGCUGGCCACUAGAAAGUACAGGCAUCGCAGUUGCCCAUCCUUACAGGCGCACGUGGUCUCAGCUUUCGAACAAUCAUUGUCCAAUAUGACUCAGAGAUUGCAGCAACUGACAGCUACAGCUGAGAAGAAGGAUUCCGAGCUUCAAGAACUCCGAGAAACGAUCGAGAGGCUGCGCAAGCAGAGUGCCGAAGCUGGGUUGAACAACGGUGCAGCUGCGAAUAAUGGUAGACGUCAUACUUUGGGUGAUUCCGAGUCUGGUACCACCGGCUGCACCGGUAGUGGCAGCAGCAAUCACCAUCAGGGCGCGAUGGCAAGACAACUGUCCGCGGACAGUGUGACGUCUCUAAACUCAUUAAGUAGCGCCUGCUCGGCCAGCAGCAGUCAUCAUAAGAAGAAAGGCUGGUUACGCAGCUCUUUCUCCAAGGCUUUCUCAAGGUCGCGUAAAAACCGACACGGCUCGGUCUCCGAUGCCGAGGAUUGCAAGGAGAGCCCCGGCGGUGAUCUGAGCGCUCCCAACAGUCCUAGACUGCCAACCGCGUCCAAACACGAGUCUUCGAGAGCACAAACUGCGAGGAGCAACGGACAGAAGUCUCCAGAUCAUGAGAAUCCUUUGUCGGGAAGCAAGAGCAGCUCGGCAUUGUACAAGAAAGAGGACGAAGACGUGGAUGAAUUGAAGAAGCAAUUGAGGGAGAAAGACCUGGUGCUCACAGAUAUCAGAUUGGAAGCGUUAUCCUCGGCCCAUCAGUUGGAGUCUUUGAAGGAUACGGUCAUCAAGAUGAGGUACGAGAUGCUGAACUUGAAGCAGAACAAUGAACGUCUCCAGCGACUAGUGACCUCGAAGUCGCUCACCUCGUCGCAGUCCUCUCUACCCAGUGACCCAGAUCGACGCUUCAGCAUGACCGAGGUGGCGUCGAGUGUCGCGGCGCUGUCGAACGGCGACGUCAGUUCCACGGCCGAUCAACUGGAAGAUCUUAACGUCCCGGUCGAACACCCUGUGGUGCCGUCGAGCGCGACCACCGCGGAACCGGUUCUCGAGCAAGACACCGACGGCAAAAGAAUCAACGUGGCCGUCUACCUCGGCAGUGAGCGAAAUUUCAACUACAAUUUGAUUACCGGCAGCUCCGCCGACGGCACCGUUGGCGAACCACCACACUGCGUGAUCGCCAACAUGUGCAUCAGCAACAAGACCAGCUGGGACGCACUGGACUCUAUGGUGAGGCGUUGCUUCAAGGAAUACGUUUCUCGAGUGGACCCUGUGACAAAUCUGGGUCUUGGCGUCGAAUGUGUCGCCGCAUAUCAUUUCGGCGAGGCUUCCAGAUGCACUACGGAUUCUCAGCAUCCCGAGUUGUUACCCUGCGGCUAUCUAGUCGGCCACGUAAAAACUGUCUAUCUAGUACUGUCGGGCUAUUCCUGGCUGGCGGUAGACACCUUGAUACCGCGCUCUAUCGUUCAGCGACUAAUUUCCCUCUUGACGGAGCAUCGCAGGGUGAUUCUAUGCGGUCCAAGUGGUACAGGGAAGAGUUACUUAGCUGGGAAACUGGCGCACGCCCUAGUAGAUACCGACAAUGACACGAAGGACGCCGCCGCCGUUGCGACUUUCAACGUCGAUCAUAAGUCCAGCAAGGAAUUGCGCCAAUAUCUCGCACAUAUCGCCGAAAGGUGUGAUUCAAACGCUGCUGAUGAACUACCUAGGGUGAUUAUUUUGGAAAAUCUUCAGCACGCGGCAUCUCUGGGUGAACUCUUCAGCGGUCUUCUAGGAACCAGACAUUCAUCGUGUCCUGCUAUCAUCGGUACUAUGAGCCAGGCCACCUGCAGUACCACCAACUUGCAGUUACAUCAUAACUUUAGGUGGGUAUUAUGUGCGAAUCAUAUGGAGCCUGUCAAGGGAUUUCUAGGACGUUAUUUGAGAAGGAAACUACUGGAGCACGAAUUGCGUGAGUGUGCCGGGACGAGGAACGCGGAAAUGGCGGCAGUAGUCGAAUGGCUGCCGCGCGUAUGGCUGCAUCUUAACAAGUUCCUAGAAAGUCAUAGCAGCUCUGACGUCACCAUAGGUCCGCGACUCUUCCUGUCAUGUCCAAUGGAAGUGGCUGGUUCUCAAGUGUGGUUUACCGACCUGUGGAAUUACUCAGUAAUACCUUACCUAGUUGAAGCAGUUAGGGAAGGAUUGACGCUAUAUGGAAGACGCGUAAGUGGGAACGGUAAUGAUGAGUCCACAUGGGAGGAUCCAGCGCAAUUUAUUACGUCCAGCUAUCCAUGGAUCUCGACGCAUGCCGUACACGGCGGCAGCGACGCUCUUCUGCGUCUCAGACCCGAAGACGUGGGAUACGAUGUUGUAUCCAGCGGGCACACUUCUGGUGUGGGCGCCUCUAGUGUGAAGAGUCUCGGAAGUACUCAUAGCGAUACCGAAGGAGAUCCUCUGCUUAACAUGUUAAUGAGGCUGCAGGAAGCGGCUAAUUACUCGAGUCCGCACAGUAACGAUAGCGACUCGGUGACUUCUCUCGAUUCGUCACAUACACGUCACUCAGAGGAUCUGAGCAGCUCGACAUCUUCGUCAAGAGGAGUAGAAUCGGCACUCUAAAUUAGCAAGACAUGAUGAAUAAAAUUCAUCGCCGAAAAGUUGACACAUUACGCGUAUCGACCAUUUCAUUAAAAACACAAAAAAUACAGAUCAGUAGCUCUUGCAAAUAAACAAUUAUUCCGAUCGCCGAAUUCAGAGCAAAAGAAAAUUAUUUAUUUAUUAUUAACAAGAAGUAUCAGGGAAAAUAAUCAAUGUAAUGUUUCUAAGAUUAAAAUUUAAGAAGGAAAAUUACACACAGUAUCACCAAAUCAUA